AUGCCUCUACCUCAGAUUCUAGUUGGCAAGGUCACUGCCAUUACAGGUGGCUUGACUGGAAUUGGAAGGGCCAUUGCUCUCGAAUACCUCCGUCAUGGUGCCAAAGUAGCAAUUAACCACCUCGGGGGUCCCAAUGAAGAAGCACAACUGGAUGCCAUGAAGAAUGAAGUGGCCAGUAUCACUGGCACGGAGGAGAAGAGAUUCAUCGCGGUUGCGGGAGACGUCACGCAUCCCGAAACUGGGAAGGAGUUUGUCGCAAAGACUGUAGAAGCCUUUGGACGGCUAGACGUUUUUGUGAGCAAUGCUGGUGUGUGUAAAUUUGCGGAAUUCCUGGAGGUUGAUCCUCCACUUCUCGGUCACACGGUAUCAACCAACCUCUCUGGUGCUUUCUUGGCAACUCAAGCCGCAGCACGGCAGAUGGCACUUGUCCAGUCCCCUCCAGGUGGAUCUAUCAUUGGAAUCAGCUCUAUAUCCGCUCUCGUCGGCGGUGGUGAGCAAGCACACUACACGCCCACCAAGGCCGGGGUACUCAGUCUGAUGCAAUCGUGUGCGGUGGCUCUGGGGAAAUAUGGAAUCCGGUGCAAUGCUCUAUUGCCUGGAACAAUCCGGACGCAGUUGAACGAUGCCGACAUGCGUGAUCCAAGCAAGAGGGAGUACAUGGAAGGGCGAAUUCCCUUGGGAAGAUUGGGACAACCGCCGGAUCUUGCAGGGCCGGCAGUCUUUCUGGCGUGUGAUGAGUUGAGCGGAUAUGUGUCUGGGGCACAACUACUCGUGGAUGGAGGUCUCUUCGCUUUGACUGCAACCGAACCCCAAACUCCCUUCCUUUGCUCAUCGUUCAGUCCUCGUCUAUCCAACACAAUCUCGACCAUAUUUCUCCAAUGCCUCCAGGACGCGUCAUUUCCUCCCCCUCCCAUAUUACAGACAGGCCAGUCAGAUCCAAACAUCACUCGUUCUGGAGUAAAAGCAUCAAACACGGCAUCCGUCCAAGGCUGGAUUCUAUCGACUAGAGCAGAGAUAUCUGGUUCGGGAGAUGCAGAAAGUGUUGGGAGCUCUGAGAACCCGCCAGAAAGCUUCAUGUAA